AGAAUUCACACUGGAGAGAAACCAUAUAUAUGUAAGGAAUGUGGGAAGGCCUUUAUUGAAGCCUCAAGCCUUAGUGUACAUAGUAGAAUUCACACUGGAGAGAAACCGUAUAUAUGUAAGGAAUGUGGGAAGGCCUUUGCUACAGCCUCAAGACUUAGUAAACAUAGGAACAUUCACACGGGAGUGAAACCAUAUAUAUGUAAGGAAUGUGGAAAGGCCUUUGUUGUAGCCUCAAGGCUUAGUGUAUAUAGGGGAAUUCACACUCGAGAGAAACUGUAUAUAUGUAAGGAAUGUGGGAAGGCCUUUGCUACAACCUCAAGACUUAGUAAACAUAGGAACAUUCACACUGGAGAAGGACCAUAUAUAUGUAAGGAGUGUAGAAAGGCCUUUGCUUGGGCCUCAACAUUUAGUGAACAUAGGAAAAUUCACACUGGAGAGAAACCAUGUAUAUGUAAGGAAUGUGGGAAGGCCUUUGCUGUAGCCUCAAGACUUAGUGUACAUAGGAGAAUUCACACUGGUGAGAAACCGCAUAUAUGUAAGGAAUGUGGGAAGGCCUUUGCUGUAGCCUCAACUCUUAGGGAACAUAGGAAAAUUCACACUGGGGAGAAACCAUAUAUAUGUAAGGAAUGUGGGAAGGCCUUUGCUAGAGCCUCAAAACUUACUGUACAUAGGAGAAUUCACACUGGAGAGAAACCAUAUAUAUGUACAGAAUCGGAGGAGCUGAGCCAGAUGGGGGGCAUUUUUGUGCUGUUUUUUCAGUUGUUCCCUGACAUCCAGGUGAAUUCUGAGGUGCGGUGGAGGCUGUGA